AUGGCGAGUGAGAGCUUUAAGCGGGCCUUCCUGGAGACCCAUAACUCGUUGCGGUCUCAGCACGGCGCCCCGAGUCUCAGCUACAACAGUGACAUGUGUACAGCAGCUCAGGCCUGGGCAGACACCCUCCUGAAGAAGAACCAGCUGGAGCACAGCAGCACCUCCGAUGGAGAGAACGUGUACUACAGCUGCGGCAGCGGAGAACCCAGAGGUACCAACACACCACCUAUACCACCUCCUCCACCAACAGCAUCUACACCACCUACACCACCUCCUCCACCAACACACCACCUACACCACCUACACCACCUAUACCACCUCCUCCACCAACACCACCUACACCACCUACACCACCUACACCACCCACCUACACCACCUAUACCACCUCCUCCACCAACAGCAUCUACACCACCUACACCACCCACACCAUCCACCUACACCACCUAUACCACCUCCUCCACCAACAGCAUCUACACCACCUACACCACCCACACCAUCCACCUAUACCACCUCCUCCACCAACAGCAUCUACACCACCCACACCACCCACCUACACCACCUCCUCCACCAACAGCAUCUACACCACCUACACCAUCCACCUACACCACCUAUACCACCUCCUCCACCAACAGCAUCUACACCACCUACACCACCACCCACACCACCCACACAGCACCUAUACCACCACCCACACCACCCACCUACACCACCUAUACCACCACCUACGCCACCUACACCACCUAUACCACCUCCUCUACCAACAGCAUCUACACCACCCUACACCACUCACAGCACCACCCACACCAUCUACAUCACUUACACCACCUACACCACCUACUGUAUACCACCUACAUCAGCUACAUCAUCGUCAGCACCUUUAUCACCUACACCACCCACAGCACCUACACCACCUACACCACCGACAACACCCACACCACCCACACCACCCACAGCACCUACACCCCCUACAUCACCCACAACACACACACCACCCACCAACACAACACCUACACCUUUAACAACACCUACACCACCCACACCGGCCACGAAACGACCCACACACCACUAACACCACCUACACCACCCACAGCAUCUACACCAUCCUACACUACACACAGCACCACCUACAGCACCCACAGCAUCUACACCACCUAUACCACCACUCAUAGCACCUACACCACCUAUACCACCACUCACAGCACCUACACCACCCACACCACCCACCAACACACCACCCACAAAACCACACACACAAACUGGUACAGUGAGAUCAAAGACUACAACUUCCAGAAACCUGGGUUCGGCAUGAACACUGGACACUUCACUCAGGUGGUGUGGAAGGACAGCACAGAGCUGGGAGUGGGCGUGGCCACUGACGGCACAACAGUGUUUGUGGUCGGACAGUACAGGAAGGCCGGAAACAUCAACAACCCUGGAUACUUCGAGAAAAACGUCUUGCCCAAAGGAGCUCACAGAGGAGUUAUAUCACUGUUGGAGGAGUCAGGAGCACACAGAGGAGUUAUAUCACUGUUGGAGGAGUCAGGAGCUCACAGAGGAGUUAUAUCACUGUUGGAGGAGUCAGGAGCUCACAGAGGAGUUAUAUCACUGUUGGAGGAGGAGCUCACAGAGGAGUUAUAUCACUGUUGGAGGAGUCAGGAGCACACAGAGGAGUUAUAUCACUGUUGGAGGAGUCAGGAGCACACAGAGGAGUUAUAUCACUGUUGGAGGAGUCAGGAGCACACAGAGGAGUUAUAUCACUGUUGGAGGAGUAAGGAGCACAGAGGAGUUAUAUCACUGUUGGAGGAGUCAGGAGCACACAGAGGAGUUAUAUCACUCUUGGAGGAGUCAGGAGCUCACAGAGGAGUUAUAUCACUGUUGGAGGAGGAGUCAGGAGCACACAGAGGAGUUAUAUCACUGUUGGAGGAGGAGUCAGGAGCACACAGAGGAGUUAUAUCACUGUUGAAGGAGGAGUCAGGAGCUCACAGAGGAGUUAUAUCACUGUUGGAGGAGGAGUCAGGAGCACACAGAGGAGUUAUAUCACUGUUGGAGGAGUCAGGAGCUCACAGAGGAGUUAUAUCACUGUUGGAGGAGUCAGGAGGAGCACACAGAGGAGUUAUAUCACUGUUGGAGGAGUCAGGAGCACAGAGAGGAGUUAUAUCACUGUUGGAGGAGGAGUCAGGAGCACACAGAGGAGUUAUAUCACUGUUGGAGGAGUCAGGAGCACACAGAGGAGUUAUAUCACUGUUGGAGGAGGAGCACACAGAGGAGUUAUAUCACUGUUGGAGGAGUCAGGAGCUCACAGAGGAGUUAUAUCACUGUUGGAGGAGUCAGGAGGAGCUCACAGAGGAGUUAUAUCACUGUUGGAGGAGGAGUCAGGAGCUCACAGAGGAGUUAUAUCACUGUUGGAGGAGUCAGGAGCACACAGAGGAGUUAUAUCACUGUUGGAGGAGUCAGGAGCUCACAGAGGAGUUAUAUCACUGUUGGAGGAGUCAGGAGCACACAGAGGAGUUAUAUCACUGUUGGAGGAGUCAGGAGCACACAGAGGAGUUAUAUCACUGUUGGAGGAGGAGUCAGGAGCACACAGAGGAGUUAUAUCACUGUUGGAGGAGUCAGGAGCACACAGAGGAGUUAUAUCACUGUUGGAGGAGUCAGGAGCUCACAGAGGAGUUAUAUCACUGUUGGAGGAGUCAGGAGCACACAGAGGAGUUAUAUCACUGUUGGAGGAGUCAGGAGCUCACAGAGGAGUUAUAUCACUGUUGGAGGAGUCAGGAGCUCACAGAGGAGUUAUAUCACUGUUGGAGGAGUCAGGAGCACACAGAGGAGUUAUAUCACUGUUGGAGGAGGAGUCAGGAGCACACAGAGGAGUUAUAUCACUGUUGGAGGAGUCAGGAGGAGCUCACAGAGGAGUUAUAUCACUGUUGGAGGAGUCAGGAGCACACAGAGGAGUUAUAUCACUGUUGGAGGAGUCAGGAGCACACAGAGGAGUUAUAUCACUGUUGGAGGAGUCAGGAGCUCACAGAGGAGUUAUAUCACUGUUGGAGGAGUCAGGAGCACACAGAGGAGUUAUAUCACUGUUGGAGGAGUCAGGAGCACACAGAGGAGUUAUAUCACUGUUGGAGGAGUCAGGAGCACACAGAGGAGUUAUAUCACUGUUGGAGGAGUCAGGAGCACACAGAGGAGUUAUAUCACUGUUGGAGGAGUCAGGAGCACACAGAGGAGUUAUAUCACUGUUGGAGGAGUCAGGAGCUCACAGAGGAGUUAUAUCACUGUUGGAGGAGGAGUCAGGAGCUCACAGAGGAGUUAUAUCACUGUUGGAGGAGUCAGGAGCACACAGAGGAGUUAUAUCACUGUUGGAGGAGUCAGGAGCUCACAGAGGAGUUAUAUCACUGUUGGAGGAGUCAGGAGCACACAGAGGAGUUAUAUCACUGUUGGAGGAGUCAGGAGCACACAGAGGAGUUAUAUCACUGUUGGAGGAGUCAGGAGCUCACAGAGGAGUUAUAUCACUGUUGGAGGAGUCAGGAGCACACAGAGGAGUUAUAUCACUGUUGGAGGAGGAGCACACAGAGGAGUUAUAUCACUGUUGGAGGAGGAGUCAGGAGCACACAGAGGAGUUAUAUCACUGUUGGAGGAGUCAGGAGCACACAGAGGAGUUAUAUCACUGUUGGAGGAGUCAGGAGCUCACAGAGGAGUUAUAUCACUGUUGGAGGAGUCAGGAGGAGCUCACAGAGGAGUUAUAUUACUGUUGGAGGAGUCAGGAGCUCACAGAGGAGUUAUAUCACUGUUGGAGGAGUCAGGAGCACACAGAGGAGUUAUAUCACUGUUGGAGGAGGAGCUCACAGAGGAGUUAUAUCACUGUUGGAGGAGUCAGGAGCUCACAGAGGAGUUAUAUCACUGUUGGAGGAGUCAGGAGCUCACAGAGGAGUUAUAUCACUGUUGGAGGAGUCAGGAGCUCACAGAGGAGUUAUAUCACUGUUGGAGGAGUCAGGAGCACACAGAGGAGUUAUAUCACUGUUGGAGGAGUCAGGAGCUCACAGAGGAGUUAUAUCACUGUUGGAGGAGUCAGGAGCACACAGAGGAGUUAUAUCACUGUUGGAGGAGUCAGGAGCACACAGAGGAGUUAUAUCACUGUUGGAGGAGUCAGGAGCACACAGAGGAGUUAUAUCACUGUUGGAGGAGUCAGGAGCACACAGAGGAGUUAUAUCACUGUUGGAGGAGUCAGGAGCUCACAGAGGAGUUAUAUCACUGUUGGAGGAGUCAGGAGCACACAGAGGAGUUAUAUCACUGUUGGAGGAGUCAGGAGCUCACAGAGGAGUUAUAUCACUGUUGGAGGAGUCAGGAGCUCACAGAGGAGUUAUAUCACUGUUGGAGGAGUCAGGAGGAGCUCACAGAGGAGUUAUAUCACUGUUGGAGGAGUCAGGAGCACACAGAGGAGUUAUAUCACUGUUGGAGGAGUCAGGAGCUCACAGAGGAGUUAUAUCACUGUUGGAGGAGUCAGGAGCUCACAGAGGAGUUAUAUCACUGUUGGAGGAGUCACUUCAUCUCAAACAAGGAGAAGACUGA